AUCUUCUGUAAUCAAUGUGGGUAGAUGAAGAAAUUGUAAAUUCGAUGGCCUACCAUAUGGGUCUCUUUUUUGGCGUUUCUAUAUAUAGUAACCUCGACUCCAAAGGCAUUACGUGACUCAAUAAAAUCAAGUCUUUUGUUUCUUUUUAUACAAAAAAAGAGUCUUGUGUUUCUCUUAAGUUGGUUGAGAAUAAUUUUGUUUCAAUGGAAUCCAAUUGUGUUCAAUUUCUCGGUAACAAGACCAUUCUCAUCACUGGGGCACCUGGUUUUCUUGCCAAGGUUUUGGUAGAGAAAAUUCUAAGGUUGCAACCAAAUGUGAAGAAGAUGUACCUUCUGUUGAGAGCUCCCGACGAAAAAUCAGCCAUGCAACGCUUAUAUACUGAGGUUAUAGAGAUAGACCUCUUUAAAGUGUUGAGGAACGAUCUAGGUGAAGAGAACUUGAAUGCCUUGGUGCGGAAAAAAAUUGUGCCGGUUCCAGGUGAUAUAUCGAUCGAUAACUUGGGACUGAAAGACACCGAUCUCAUACAACGUUUGUGGAGUGAGAUUGAUAUCAUAAUCAACAUUGCAGCCACAACAAAUUUCGAUGAAAGAUAUGAUAUUGGUCUUGGGAUCAACACAUUUGGAGCCCUUAAUGUUCUCAACUUCGCCAAAAAGUGUGUUAAAGGACAAUUGCUUCUCCAUGUCUCGACCGCGUAUGUAAGCGGAGAACAAUCCGGGUUAUUACUAGAGAAACCAUUCAAGAUGGGGGAGACUCUCAGCGAAAAGCGGAAACUAGACAUCAAUAUAGAACAUGAACUAAUGAAACAGAAAUUAAAAGAGCUUCAAGAUUGUUCUGAUGAAGAGAUCUCGCAAACAAUGAAAGAUUUUGGAAUGGCAAGGGCAAAGCUUCAUGGAUGGCCAAAUACAUAUGUAUUCACCAAAGCAAUGGGAGAGAUGCUAAUGGGAAAAUACAGAGAAAAUUUGCCACUUGUUAUCAUACGUCCAACAAUGAUUACAAGUACUAUUGCCGAACCAUUCCCCGGUUGGAUUGAAGGGUUGAAAACAUUAGAUAGUGUGAUUGUUGCAUAUGGUAAAGGAAGGCUUAAAUGUUUUCUUGCGGAUUCAAACUCAGUCUUUGACCUUAUACCGGCAGACAUGGUAGUUAAUGCGAUGGUUGCAGCCGCAACAGCUCAUUGGGGAGAUACCGGGAUUCAGGCAAUAUAUCAUGUUGGUUCUUCUUGUAAGAAUCCAGUCACGUUUGGACAACUUCACGAUAUCACGGCUCGUUACUUUGCUAAACGUCCUCUGGUUGGUCGGAAUGGUUCACCAAUCAUAGUGACCAAAGGAAUCAUUUUGCCCACUAUGGCUCAAUUCAGCCUCUACAUGACCCUUCGUUAUAAGCUUCCUUUACAGAUACUUCGAUUGAUAAAUAUAGUAUAUCCAUGGAGUCACGGAGAUAACUACAAUGACCUCAGCCGCAAAAUCAAGCUAGCUAUGCGACUAGUUGAGCUUUACCAGCCUUACUUACUCUUCAAGGGCAUAUUUGAUGAUUUAAAUACGGAAAGACUGCGAAUGAAAAGAAAGGAGAAUAUCAAAGAGUUAGAUGGAUCGUUCGAGUUCGAUCCCAAGUCCAUUGAUUGGGACAAUUAUAUCACAAACACACACAUUCCUGGCCUCAUCACCUAUGUGCUUAAACAAUAAAUUAUAUACUACUAAUAUGUUUGGAACUAUUGUAUUGAGUGUGAAUCUCGUGUGUAAUAUCAUUAUAUAUAUCAACACAUGUUAAAGAAUACUAUUAUGUCAGCACAAUUUAAUUACAAUUUCUGGUU